CCGUAGCCGAGCUGCCUGCUACCCGCUGAGCCUGACUGCUGCUGGGGGAACUGCUCACGGAAACGAUUGAUCCGGAUCGAAUAACACCGGAGCCGGCCACAUAAAUGGACGAUUGACACUCAUAUCGGGAAGGACUCGUUAAAUCAAUGAUCGCGGGACGGGUGGUUUUGGAGAGUGCGCUCGAAACACCCUCCGUAACAUGUGAGAUGUAGACAGGAGGAUAUUAACUGUGCGUUAUUCCGGGCUAACUAGCUAGCAGCUACCCCCCUCUAUCCGAUUUAUGGUGGCUGGCUCGCUCGAUCUGUUUUUCUCAACCAUCGCGUCUGUUAGUGCCGGGGGAAAAUGAAGAAGUUUAACAUUAGGAAGGUGCUGGACGGCUUGACAGCCGCUUCUUCGUCCUCCUCCUCCUCCGCUGCUCAGCCGGGUACUCCCAGUCAAAACGACGUUGUCCAGGAGACUCUCCAGUCGGAGCAUUUCCAGCUUUGCAAGACUGUGCGUCAUGGCUUCCCAUAUCAACCAUCCUCGAUGGCUUUUGACCCCGUACAGAAAAUCCUGGCCAUUGGGACUCAGACCGGAGCUUUAAGGCUCUUUGGCCGAGCGGGCGUGGAGUGCUACUGUCAGCACGAGAGCGGCGCGGCGGUCAUCCAGCUCCAGUUCCUGAUCAACGAGGGGGCGCUGGUGAGUGCCUUAGCUGACGACAGCAUCCACCUGUGGAACCUGAGGCAAAAAAUCCCAGCGAUCCUGCAUUCGCUCAAGUUUAACAAGGAGAGAAUCACGUACUGCCACCUGCCCUUCCAGAGCAAAUGGCUGUACAUCGGCACGGAAAGGGGAAACAUCCACAUCGUCAACGUGGAGUCCUUCACUCUCUCAGGCUACGUUAUUAUGUGGAACAAAGCCAUCGAACUAUCCACCAAGACGCACCCGGGGCCCGUCGUCCACAUCAGUGAUAACCCCAUGGACGAGGGCAAGCUCCUGAUUGGAUUCGAGUGCGGCGUAGUGGUGUUGUGGGAUCUGAAGUCCAAAAAAGCUGACUACCGCUACAAUUAUGAUGAGGCGAUCCACUCGGUGGCCUGGCACCACGAGGGGAAGCAGUUCGUUUGCAGCCACUCCGACGGCACUUUGACCACGUGGAAUGUACGGGCUCCGGCCAAGGCCGCGCAGAUCAUCACGCCACACGGAAAGCAGCCUAAGGAUGGAAAAAAGCCAGAACCAUGCAAGCCUAUCCUGAAAGUGGAGUACAAAACAACAAGGGCUGGGGACCCGUUCAUGGUCCUGUCUGGAGGACUGUCCUACGACACGGUGGGGAGGAGAGCCUGUCUGACGGUGAUGCAUGGGAAGAGCACCGCUGUCCUGGAGAUGGACUAUCCCAUCGUAGACUUCCUCACGCUGUGUGAAACUCCGUACCCUAACGACUUUCAGGAGCCUUAUGCGGUGGUGGUCCUCCUUGAGAAGGAUUUAGUUGUAAUAGACCUGGGACAGAUUGGGUAUCCCAUAUUUGAGAAUCCGUAUCCUCUAACUAUCCACGAGUCGCCGGUGACCUGUGUGGAGUACUUCGCCGACUGCCCCGCUGAACUCAUUCCUGCACUUUACUCCGUCGGCAGCCGGCAAAAGAGACAAGGUUACAGCAAGAAGGAAUGGCCUGUUAGUGGAGGAAACUGGGGUCAAGGCACACAGAGUUACCCAGAAAUCAUAAUCACUGGACAUGCUGAUGGAUCAAUCAAAUUUUGGGACGCUUCUGCAUUAAUGCUCCAAGUGCUGUACAAGCUGAAGACUGCCAAGGUGUUUGAGAGGGCUCGCGGGAAGGAGGAGAAGCCCAGCACGGAUAUCGUGGACGAGGACCCGUUCGCCAUCCAGACGCUGUCCUGGUGUCCCGAGAGCAGGAUGCUGUGUGUGGCCGGAGUCUCCGCUCACGUUAUCAUCUACAGGUUCAGCAAACAGGAAGUCACCACGGAGGUUGUUCAGCUUCUGGAGGUGCGGAUGCAGUGCGAGUUCAGCGAUGUGGACUCCCCUGAUCCGGGAGGGGAUCAGACCCCCACCCUGCCCACCCCCGGCGCUUCCUCCAGCCCUCAGGAGGCAGAGCCUCCCACUCAGCCCUCCACAGGCAGCAACUCUUCUGAUGGACCCCGAGACAAUAUACCCUGUCUACAGGUGCGGAGCUCCCCGCUGAAGCAGUCUCCCGGCUACCAGGUGGAGCUGGUGGUCCAGCUGGUGUGGGUGAGCGGGGAGCCACCUCAGCCGAUCACCAGCCUGGCAAUCAAUUCCUCCUACGGCCUCGUUGUGUUUGGAAACAGCAGCGGCCUGGCUGUGGUGGACUACCUCCAGAAAACCCUGCUUCUCAACAUGGGGACUUCAGAGCUGUACAGCCCGUCCGACCCCUACCAGGGGCAGCCCCGCUCCCCGCGUAAAGCCCGGCAGCCCUCCGGAGCGCUGUGUGACUCCAACGACGGGUCCAACGCCUCAGAGGACCGCUGCAAAUCGCCCACUUCAGGAUCCACCUCACCCUGCAAUUCAGACGACGAUCGAAAGCAAAACUUCAUAGAGAAGGUGAAGUUCAAAAGCAGACGCUUUUCCAAGACGGUUGCCAAUGACUUUGCCAAGAUGUCUCGGAAAAUUAGCUCCUCUGGUGAGCAAAAGCCAGACCAGGCGGGGAGGGUCCCAGGAAGGCGCCCUCUGACAUGUAAAAAGCGCAUUAAUAGUCAGAGAGAAGUCAGGACGGCGGCCAUGAUGAGCCGGAAGGGGGGCAUCUGUAGAACUAUAUCAGCCCCCAACUGCUACGCCAAGGAUAACUCCUUCACGCGCUCGCGCAGCUCCAGCGUCACCAGCAUCGACAGAGAAUCCCGGGAGGCCAUCUCGUCCUUUCACUUCUGCGAGAGCUUCCCCCGGAAGACGGACGGCCAGGUCGGCCCCUGCCUGCUGGUGGGAACCACGCAGGGCUCCGUCAUGACGGUGGCCCUCAGCCUGCCGCCGGCCGGGGACCAGAGGCUGCAGCAGUCGCUCGGCAUCGCCUCCUGUGGCACGAUGGUCAGGCUCAAAGGAGGCGUUUUAACCAUGGCGCUGCUGGACUUCACUGGAGCUCUGCUGCCCCCUCCCUACGAGUCGUGGUACGACCCCAACGCCUCGGAUGAAGAGAAGGAGAAGGUCCGGAGGCGCAGGCCGGCCUCCCCGCCCGCCUCGCAGGAGGGCCAGGACACCCAGUUCGCCGUGGUGUGCUCGGAGAAGCAGGCCAAAGUGUUGGCCCUGCCCUCUCAGACCCGCCUGUACAAACACAACAUCACGGAGACGUCCUUCGUGCUGCGGGCGGACGUCGUGCAGAUGGCCGGAACCAACUGCAUCGCCUGCUUCUGCGCCAACGGGCACAUCAUGACCCUGAGUUUGCCCAGCCUACGGCCUCUGCUGGAUCUGAACUACCUGCCGUUAACAGACAUGCGGAUAGCCAGAACGUUCUGCUUCUCGAACCUGGGCCAGGCGCUGUACCUCACCUCCCCCACUGAGAUCCAGAGGAUCACCUACAGCCAGGAGACCUGCGACAACCUGCAGGAGAUGCUCAGUGAGCUUUUCACCCCUGUGGAGACUCCAGAGGCUCCAAACAGAGGUUUCUUCAAAGGCCUUUUCGGGGGAGGAGCUCAGUCUCUGGACAGAGAAGAUCUCUUCGGUGAAACGGCCGCCGGCAAGGCGUCCCGCACCCUGGCGCAGCACAUCCCCGGCCCGGGCAGCAUGGAGGGCAUGAAGGGAGCGGCGUCGGGCGUGGUGGGCGACCUGGCCCGGGCCAGGAUAGCCCUGGACGAGAGGGGGCAGAAGCUGGGCGAGCUGGAGGAGAGGACGGCGGCCAUGAUGGCCAGCGCAGAGUCCUUCUCCAAACAUGCUCACGAUAUGAUGGUGAAGUACAAAGAUAAGAAGUGGUACCAGCUCUGAUGACAGCGUGGGGAGCAGCGGACUCUCUAAUCACGCACAGUAUCUCUAAGGAGCUGCAGGUCCCUCUUCUUCUCUUCUCGAUUUCUCUCCACCGGGGGGUGGGGGGGCUUCUGUUCAACAGAAUCAUGCUUUUUUUUUUUUUUUUUUAAUCGUCCCCCUCAGCACAAUAUCACCACUCUGUUACCUCAGUCACCAGAGGACUGCUGCAGAGUAGACACUAGCCAGUGGACACGGGCAGAAAUGGACGAAGAGAAGGUCGUAAGGAGUCUCUCCUUCACUUUCACCUGAGAGCAACCAGGAGAGAGCGGACCUUUCAUACCCAUCAUGCACUCGUAUAUGUCUCAUAUAUAAAUAUAUAUAUAUAAAUAUAUAAAGCUAUAUAUCUACACACGUUGCUGUUCUGUUCUGAAAGAGGAAAGACAAAUCUGCAAAAAAUGUACUAGUGGUGGCCUGACUGCAGUUCUUCGUUUUCCUUUUUUUCUGCCCUUUAUGGUGUCUGCCAAACGGUGAACUUGAAACGAGGAGAAAAGUCUGAUGACCCCCCCCUCCCCCAAACCCCCCCUUUAUGUCCUUCAGAAGUAAUCAAGUCAGUGAAGAAGUCAGGUUGUGAAGAACCGAUUUAAUCAAUGAAGGAUUCGCGUUUGUCUAAAUUAUUUUUGGAAGUUUGUCUUCAGUCCGUCGUCAGUCAGUUUGUCUUUUUUCUUUUCUGUUUUUUUUUUGUCCAGAAAGGGCCUUUUUCAAGCACUUAAAGCAGUAAAAGCAAGUGAAGGACAAGGAGAUGAUGAAUCUAUUGCCUCUCAUCGAAUAAGGGCUGGUAGUACACUAGUUCAUCACCGACCAUAACUUUUACAGCAUUUUUGCAUUCAAGUUGUUUUAGGUGAGACCGACAGCUGGAGUUUUUUUUUUUCUUUUCUUUUCAGUUGAUUUCCCUCAUUUGAAUUAUUUAUUGAAGCAGCGUAAUAGAUAGGAGGUAAACUAAGUGUAUUUGUUGGGCAUUACUUUUUUUCUUUUUGUGCGUCUUUUUUUCGGUCAAAAAAAAAAAUUGCACAAAGAAGUGCGUAACAUGUUUACCCCCUCAAUGAAGAGUUUACAUUGACCUGUCAGAAAACAUGAGUUGAUACACUGGAAAACUCCUGAAGAUCUUUUUAUUCUUCAAGCUUUCAAGGGGUUGUAGCAAAGUCAUGUAAGAGAAGGACGGCGCGUUUGGGGCAAGGCGAAGAUUGUCCUUUAAUAGAUCUAGCAUAAAUGUAUAUUUUGGUUAAAAGUUUUAGUUUUCUGUGACAAAGAUCUAUUAAUACAUGAUCACUUGAUUUAUUUUUGACAUUCUUUUGUAGCUGAUUUUUUUUUCUCUCUCUUUGUCUCGUUUUUUUUCCAAUGUGCAGAGAAAAAAAAAUAAGCAUGUGUCUCUUUACAGCACAAUGGAAGUGAUAAUGCUGUCUUUGUAUCUGUAGCUGCCAGUAGAAAUGACCGGGCGCCACGCAGUGUGUGUGUGUCUGUGUGUGCGCGCCGCACGGUGCCGCCGGUCAUCUCUCUCUCUCUCUGAAUCAUUUACUUAAAAACGGUUUCUCCUCUGCCUUUCGCCUCAUGACGCGUAAUAUGCUAACCUCUACCUAUGUAUAUCUGUGUGUUUGUGAACAUACAUAUAUUCAGGAAUAUGUGUAUGGGCGCCACUGUUUAUAAUACUACAUAGAUGCAGUGUGUUACAAUAGGUCUUUUUUGAGGUUUUUUUUUGGGGUUUUGCUUGACAGUGUUUUUCAAUGUGAUUAACUAGAUCGCUAUUGUAAUUUUUCGGUUUGUUUUCCAUGGGGAUAUUGCUGCUAUUUGUGUCAAUAUAGGAGCAUUAUCUGCUGGUCUUUUUAUUUAAAAAAAAAAAACAAAACAAAACAACAGAGAAACAAGACUUUGUCAGUCCAGAUUGCUGCCAAAUGUUGUAAAUAGCGGGACAGCUGGACACAAAUCUGACAGUGCAGGUUCAGGCUAAUGUGACAUACUGUACGCUUGCAGCCAUGUUCUUUUCUGACACCAAAGAGUUGCUUAAUUUCACAAAGUUGUCUUGAUUUUUUUUUCUUUUUUUUUUUUCUCCAAAUUGUUAAGAGUUAGUCAGGAUGAUUUGAAGGCACUUUUAAAGUCGAGAAGUCUGCUGUGCUUGUGUGUUUUCCCGGGGGGAGGGGAGUGGCGGAUUGGCUGCGCUUCUUCUGGCGGGCACGACACCCUCAUCACUGUCCUGAACUGCUGUACGUCUGAAGAGUUUCACUCCAAAAUGAGAUAUCCACCAAAGAAAUUCAAUUCAACUGUGUGUGGAAAUGAAGACUGCAUAGGUUUAGAUCAAAUUGCAUUUAUUUCAGAGUAUUACUGUGUACACUAUCAGCCACACCAAAAAAAAAAAAAAAAAAAAUGUUUUCCAAGAUGGA